AUGAAUUCGCUAUCAUUAGAAUUAAAUAAAGAACAAGAAGUUUUAAUAAUUUCAGAUGUUGAAAAUUCAGAAUCAAUUAUAAAUCAAGUUAAAGAAUUAAGUAAAACAGUAACAACUUCAUUAUCAAAAGAACAACAACAAAUUCAAAAUAAUUUUGAUCAUGUAAUUAUUAUUUCAAGUAAACCAUUUAAUAGUGCAUUGAUUUCAAUGUAUUCAAAUUUAUUGAAAAAGGGUGGUAAAUUAUCAAUUUAUCAAACCAAUGAAAAUGAAACUUUGGUAAACUCUGGUAUGGACUUUUUAAUUGGUGGUUUAGUUGAUUUCAAAGCUACAUCAAAUUCAACUUAUAAAACUAUUGUUCACGCUGAUAAACCAUCAUGGGAUACAAAUGAAUCAUCUACAAUUAAUAUUCCAUCUACAUCCUCUAAUAAUCCAUGGGCAUCAAUUGAAGGUGGUGACCGUAUUAAUGAAAAUGAUUUAGUUAGUGAAAAUGAUAAAACUUCAAAACCAGCAACCACUUUGGACGAUUGUGAAGUUGGUAAAACUAAAAAAGCCUGUAAAAACUGUACAUGCGGUAGAGCAGAAGAAGAAAACCAAUCAAAACCAAAACUUACAAAAGAAAUGAUUGAAAAUCCAGGUGUUGGUAGUUCAUGUGGUAAUUGUUCUUUGGGUGAUGCUUUUAGAUGUGGUGGUUGUCCAUAUCGUGGUCUUCCAACAUUUAAAGUUGGUGAAAAGAUUCAACUUCCAGAUGACUUUUUAGUUGAUGAUAUUUAA